CUUCCGGGUGUGGGUGUGGACUCCGGUGACUUCAGCAAUAAUGGAGGAAAAUCUCCUCUGCUUUUAGAAAACAGCUCGUUUUCGAUCCCGUUUGUAUUUUUCUGAUCUGAUCCAGAAGCUGGAAUGUUGUCAGGAUGGGAAACCUGUUUGGAAAAAAGAAACAGUCCCGCGUGACGGAGCAAGAUAAAGCUGUUCUGCAACUGAAGCAACAGAGAGACAAACUGAGACAAUAUCAGAAGAGGAUCAACCUGCAGCUGGAGAAGGAGAGACAGGUGGCCAAACAGCUGCUGAAGGAUGGGAAGAAAGAGAAGGCCCUCGUCCUGCUGAAGAAGAAGCGAUACCAGGAGCAGCUCCUGGAUAAGACGGAGAACCAGAUCAGCAAUCUGGAGCGGAUGGUCCAGGACCUGGAGUUCGCUCAGAUCGAGAGAAAAGUCCUCGACGGCCUGAAAGUCGGAAACGAGUGUCUGAAGAAAAUGCACGAGGUGAUGUCGAUCGAAGAGGUGGAGAGGAUCAUGGAUGAAACCCAAGACGCCAUCGAGUACCAGAGGCAAAUCGACGACAUGCUGGCUGGUUCCUUAUCGCAGGAGGAUGAGGACGCCGUCCUGGCUGAGCUGGAGGCCAUCACUCAGGGAGACGUCCAGCUUCCAGACGUUCCUUCAGAGCCGCUGCCAGACGUUCCUGAAGCUGCUGAGAAGAAUCCAGUUUCAGAGAAGGACGGACCCAAGAAGAAGCGGGAGCUGCUCGCUGCGUAGGAGCAGAACCGACGUCCGACCCAAAGCCGGCGCCUCCCACCGCACACGCCUGCCGGCUGCUGUGGGUCAGAUCUGCUCGGCAGGACCGGUCGCCUGGUGAACUUUGACCUGUGAAAUCACAUAAUUGUGCCUGAUAUUCCUGUUUACUGAUGCAGAUCGUGCAUGCUGAGUGUAAUCACAUGAAACUUCAAUGAGGCGGGUCACUUCUCCCAGAUUCCCUCAGAUCAACAUGAACUCAGUCAUCCGGUUUCAUCCGGUUUCAU